CUGUGGCUUGUUCUUUACAUUGUUGACAAGAAGGGACAUAAAGGACAUUGCGUUCAGUGGGGUUCUUUAGUGAACACGAGAGUAUUAGGAGGAGAACCAUGAUGCAGAGAUGUGCUUUAUGGAUGCUGUUGGUUGUGGAUUUUUUGGCAGUGACCCAUGCAGCACCGACCAUCGCCCCGACAAUUUCACCAGAAGAAAAUGAAAUAGCUGAGAAUUAUCUUUCUCAGUAUUACGAUGAUGUCGGAACGAGAAACUCUACAAGGAGAAGGCUUAUUAAGACCAACUUCAUCCAAAAUCUGGAAUCCAUGCAGGCUUUCUUUGGCUUGGAGGUGACGGGGGUGUUGAAUAACGAGACUAUGGAAGCCAUGAAAGCUCCCAGGUGUGGUGUGUCAGACAUCAGUCGCUAUGGGCAUUUUGCUGGGAGACCCAAAUGGAACAAGAGGCUGAUAACAUACAGGAUCACUCAGUACACUUCAGAUCUGAGCCAGAGACAGGUGGAUGAGACUAUUCGUCAAGCCUUCAAACUUUACAGUGACGUCAUCCCACUGGAUUUCAAGCAGGUCUACAGUGGAACUGCGGACAUCAUGAUCCUUUUUAAGGGUGGAUAUCAUGGGGACUUUUUUCCUUUUGAUGGACCGGGUGGAGUUUUGGCUCAUGCAAACUCUCCCGGGAGGGAUCAGGGAGGGGACACACACUUUGAUGACGAUGAGCAGUGGACACUCACACAAAGAGGUGUGAAUUUGUUGCUGGUGGCAGCACACGAGUUUGGCCACGCUUUAGGAUUGGACCAUUCCAGAGACAGACGUGCACUUAUGUUCCCCACUUACAAAUAUGUCAACACAAACGGUUACAAGCUGCCAGAUGAUGACAGGCUAGGAGUCCAGGCACUUUACGGUAGCCGCACACAGCAGCCAACAAAAGCCCCUAAACCCAAUCCACCACCUGAACCAGAGCCAGAAGAUCCAACAGAAGACCCAGAUGACCCUCUUCCAAACCCUCGUGAUGAGCAAUGCAACAGCAAUUUAGUGUUUGAUGCUGCUUCAUCCAUCAGGGGAGACUUGUACUUCUUCAAAAACGGAUACUACUGGAGGAAGAGUACCAUGUUCCAAGGAAUCCGUUUCACUAAAGUGAACACAAAAUGGUCACAGAUUAAUACUGUUGAUGCCGCAUAUGAGGUCCCAAACAAAGAUGCUUUUUAUCUCUUUGAAGGUAAUCAGUUGUGGGGCAUUAGGGCCUUUGCAAAAACAAUUCUACCAGGCUAUCCAAAGUCACUGACUAGCCUCGGCCUGCCGUCCUCCGUCAGUAAAGUGGAUGCAGCCGUCUAUGUGGCAACGACCCGAAAAACAUUGCUUUUUGUGAACAAACAGUAUUGGAGCUAUGAUGAGACAAGGAACCGAAUGGAUACUGGAUAUCCAAGAUCCAUUUCCAAUGACUUCCCUGGUGUUGGUUCCAAGGUUGAUGCAGUUUUUGAGAAUUUUGGCUACCUUUAUUUCUCAGUUGGCCCAAGACAGAUGGAAUACUACCUGCCAUAUCGGCGUGUGUUAAGAGUGCUGCUAAACUAUGGUUGGCUCAAUUGUUACUAAGUAUGAGAGCGCAGUACAUACAGCACUUACUUCACAAUUUAUUGCAUAAUAAUUACACAAUAAAUAGUCUCCCUCUUGA